AUGACAGCACUCCGUCUUGAUGCACAUGCUUCCGUGAUGGGAGGUUGGAGCAGGCUGAACUCUACAGCUGCUCACCACCACCACCUUUGCACCUUCCAAGCAAGCGCUCUGGACUUUAUUGUCAAGUUCAAUCGGAACUUCAAGCGGUACAAUGACGCCGCCAAGGCCAAGACUGAGCGCAUCACUGAGGAAACCAAGAAGACACUACUCCAGCGUGCUCUCUCCGAUGUACCAUUGCUCCAUGCAGUCACCUCCCGUGAGAUUGAGCGCAUGACUUUGGAGCACAAACCCGGUUACAACUUCGAGGAGUACUAG